CAAGAACAAGCACCAGGGAGAACCUCCACGAACGUGCAAGCUGUAGCUGACUGCAUAUGCCCCGUUAGUUUUUGAUAUCAACAGGAGCAUCCGAUCAAUACGAGGCUAAUUUUCAACAGGAUCGUUUGUCUUAGGAUUCACAAUUUUUCGAUUGGGUUUUUGUGUGAAGAUCGGUUAUAACUUUCACCAUCGAUAAUUUUCCAGCACCGGUGAGAGAUCUGAUCAAAAUAAAACUGUCAUUCUCUUGUAGCGAUAAAAGUUCGACGUUGGAAACGCAUAGUGGUGGCUUCUAAAUCCUUCCAAAUGAAUUUAGUCUUCGCUGACGCACAAGGAGUUGUCAGCUUUUUGCCGAGGGAUUGCAUUUGCUUGGUGGUUCUCCUUGUGACAGCCUUGAGAGAUAAUUGACAGUACUGAAUGACCUAUUUAUAACGAUUGGUAAAAUUGGGAACAAAAACAUUUAUGAGUUAUUUUGAUGACAUGCGAGUUUCGUAUUCCUGACAUGGCAGAUGUUGAGAAGACCAUGGAAGAAUCUUCGCCUGACAACGCUGAGGCAAGGGCCCUUGACCAGGUGGCAGUGUCCUUGCGUGAUGACGCCGCGACAGAGGAGGAGGGUUCCUUUUUUCGGAGGAAUAACAUCAAUGUCGAAGACUACAUCCUUCAGCGCCUGGACGCGGGCGCCGUCACGGAAGCCGGCGCAGCGGAACCAAGACGAGAGGCCGUUACGUCUUUGGCUACAAAUACUCACGCCGCGUCAGCGAGCGAAAAAAACUGCAACGAUCGUGACCGCUCUGAGGAAAUGAGAGUGAUGGACAUGCACUUAAGCAGUAGGAAUGCAACAAAUCAACGUGCCACUGCUACUUUAUCAGAUGAGAGGAAAAUAGUAGAAGAGAAGUCGUCUUCAGCAGUAGAGGCUGGUGGCGCUACUUUCCUACAACCAUCAUCAUUGGCGGAUCCUCUUUCGAGGGCGGAGGACCCGACGCUUGAUGGAGAAGUGACACAUAGCGUACCAGGUGCUAGUGAUCAGGCGAAGGCGCAAGUGAGUGCAGCGCGCUCCUCGCCAGGGGCUAUUUCGGGCGUUCUGGCUACCGCAGCCUCGACCCUGAGCGCUGUGGCACGCACGUCACAGGAUGCGGGCCGCAGUCUCCAGGCUUCUGGGAGCUCCAGUAAAAGUGGGCAGGAGCAGGCUAGUAGCACUCUCCUCGUUCACAAAGUCCCCCUCGCGAUAGUGGAUCUCGCGAGAGGGCAGAGCGGCAGCGAUGCUUCCUGGGUUCGCCGUGCGCGGAAGGAGAGGCAGAAGUGGCUAGAAAUGUUACGGGUUCUUACGCAUCCGGACACAAGCUGGGAACACGCACCCGACUCAGACGCCAGCGAUGCAGCACUAGAGAAAACACUGUGGAAAAUCUACGCCAUCAAGCUAGAAAGUCAUCUCGUCGAAGGGGAAGGUUCGAAUUCGAAGUCAAAAUCUUCCAGUUCCGCUUCCCACCUUUCAGAGGCGGAGCGACGGAAUUUGCCAGUCGUUGCGCGUCCCGACUGGCAGGUGCUCGGAUUUUCGUACAACGGCAGCAUCGCUAGAGACGUGAACCGAGAAGGGUGUGGGCCAUUAGGAGUGCUUCUGCUAGCCUACCUGAUCACAGAGGAUCCUUCGGUGGCGGUGCGCUGUUUCACCCAACUUCGAGGUCCUGACGUCCCGAAGCGCGAGGGUAGUAGUAACCCACCCUCUGUACCGUCACGCUCGUCGUCCUUCGCAGUUCCUCUAGCAUCGAGCGAGAUCAAAACGGCGCAGAGUCAGCCAUCCCAGAACCAAACGGUCGACGGCGAAGCAGCAGCACAGCACGGAUUCGGGGCGCAGUACGCAGAAUUACAGAAAGAAGCUGCUUUUAGUAAAGUGGGGAUACUGACUUCGGGCGGCAAAAAGAACAGUAGUGAAACUGUAGAUGACGGUGGAGGUACUGGAACGGGCAGUAAGACGACAGGAAUGCCUGGUGUAGAAAAGCCUGGUAUUGGUGAUGGCGACAAAGCUACGUCAUCGAAUCUGGUGCGGCUGCAAAAAGCCUCCUCCUCGUGCUCAAGGGGCCGCUUGGAUCUUCCAUCGUUGUUUGGCUUGUUUGCUGUGAAUGCAGUUGCGUGGGCGGCAGAUCUUCUGCGGCGAAGUCUAGAAUCGUGGCGGUUCGGCAGCGAACGGGACGGGUGUAUGCCUCGCGGCAUGUUCCGAAACGUGUGGAGUGGUGUGCGAAGACGUUCAGGUCGUCUUGGUUUCGGAAGGACUGUGAGUUACACGCCUCCAUGCGCCCUUCUCGGACGGUUGCAGAGUCAGGAAAGUGCCUUCUUUGAUUCCUCGUCGGCCUCUGAGGAAGGAACUGCUGCAGCAGAUCAUGAUCAUAUCAGAGGUGAAGAGGAUCUUCAGAUUAAAAAGAUGAGUGGAACUGCAGCUGGUGGAGAAGAACAACAGACGCAGCAGCAAUCCGGCAGUACAGUGGUCGGAGAUGCGUCUACCACCGGCGGUACUCAUCGAGUAGGUUCUGGCACUAGGAAAAAUACAGCCACUACGGCGGGCAAGCAGGAGGCAGCAGAAAACGUGAGAUACAGCGACUUGGUGACAACGUUCGAGACGCGUUGCGAGGCUGACGGCAAGCAGAUUGCCGCGAGUCGACUCGCACAAAACCGUUUUAUGAUGCUUACUGCAGGAGAUCGCGACGCAAGAAAAAGGCAUCGUCAACGCAAGCGAAAGGCGUUGAAGUUGCUACGUGCUGCACCUGCAGCUACUCGUGCAUCAGAGGCCAUGCCACCCACCUCCUCGGUGGCAGCACCUAUUUCAGUUGCUUCCUCAGGCAGAGACACAAUGCCGGAGACCGGAUCGUCAGAGAUAGUAGGCACCGAGCAAGGUGGAUCCGUUGUUUCACCGAAGAAAAGCACGGGCUUGGCAGCUGCCUCUUCGGUCUCUUCGCGUGACGCACUCUUCCUCCGUACAGCACGAGUUUAUUGCUGGCUGCUGCGUGAAUUCGCCGACUUCUGGGAAGCUGAAGGCAUGACGCGAGACAUUCAAAAGUGGUCGAAUGACUACAUUCAGCGCCACUUCCUGAAUCAGCUAAAUCUGGUGUACUCGCCGAACGCAGGCGCACCGGAAGGAUGAGCUUCGGCGAUUUCAUUCCCCCCCGACUCCUCCAGAAAAAUCGAAGAGCUGUCAAAUCAUUCCCUUUUGAGCAGCUGCUGUGUCACCGUAUUUCAGUUCUUGAACUCACCUGAUGAUCUAGUAGAACCAGUCCCUUCUCUUUUUUACAAGUUUUCUAUCUUCUCACGAACCCUUUUUCUUUCUUCGUUUACCGAUUCUCCAUGAAUUGUCUGAGACUCCAUUCGCAAAUUUCAUGCAAUUCGACGCUGAGCAACACGCUCGGGGUCUGAUCGCUACACGGAUUCCGCUAAAAAGUGCGAUGAAAUUAUCGACAUUUGAUCAGACUGAGCUUUUUCGCUUCUCUUUUCUGUACAGUAUGGCUUAAUCGAUUGUACCACGAUAUCAAUUUCUAACAAAGCUCUCUGGGACAGAGA